AUGCCAGCACAACAGGAGCUUGCCCGCCAGUGGUUCAUUCCAGGGGACGGUAUUGACCGUCAUGUGAUCUCCGCGGACAUUCAGCGAUAUUUAGGAAAUGAUGCGACGGUUCGACCUGGGCGCGGUACCGAGCGCAACAAUGAGGGCGUAGAAGGAUACUGGAUCAGAGCGUACCGCAAUCUGACAUCUGCCAUGAUAUCAGAUCUGCGUGCAGAUUCUGCUCGAUGGAGACAAGAGAAAGCAGCGACAGGUGGAAGAGGUAGCAGCAGCCCAUCAGAUUCGAACACGUCAGGGAUCACAGUACCUGACUUGCUUCCAGAACCCUAUGUUGGGUCCCAGACCUACGAACGUGGAAACGCUUCACAGUCUGUUCGAAGACGUGACGCGGACUCUCCUUCUCUUGGGGACGGAGCUUACGGUGUGCCACCCACCCGUUCUGGUCGAGGCCAAGGCGAUGCGAUGCAGAUCGACCCGCCUGCACCUCAGCAACAUGCAGACAGAGGUAGGUAUGGACAGCCGUCCCACCCGACCCGCGGCGGAUACCAGACCCCGGAUAGCGGAGCCUACCCUGCUCCAGGACGGGAUCGCUACCCUGACAAUGGAAGGGCUGAACCUGGAAGGCCCACUGGAGGCAGACCUGCCUACCAAGAGGAUCAGACCAUGUCGGAUGCUUAUGGACGUCCACCUGUUUCUCAAGCCUUCGGUCAGGAUACCAGGUAUGGCGCCCCUCCGCCUGCCAACGACGGUGCGCCACCCGGCUACGUGAGGCAGGGCGACUAUUUUGUGCCCGUAUCUGGCUACGGACAGCCGAAUGUGAUGACACCCACCAGUAGACCCGAGCCCCAGCAGUACAUACCUGGUUAUGGCCAACCGGUCGAGCCGCAGAGAGAUGCUCGCGGCGGCCGAGGAGACAUCCGUGGAGACCCUCGUGGCGUGGACCCGCGUGAUCCUAGAUAUGGCCAAGGAGAUUAUGAUGCUUCCCGCUACUAUCCAAGCCCGGCCACCACUGCUGCCUCUGUCAACACCCGGGAAACCAUCUCAAGUCCUCCGGUGCAAAGUCAAUAUGGCGGCAUGCCUGUGCAGUACGACCAGUACGGUCGACCUGUCCAACAGCCAGGAGCGCCAUAUGGAGCGCCGGAGCCCGUCUACGCUCAGACAAGGGAGACCCGGGAUACUCGGGAGCCAGCUUAUGGACGUCAAGCGCCACCUGUUGCCGGUGGUGAUCGCGACCGGGAUACACGCCGUCGCAGGCUGCAUUGA